AUGAUAGUGCUUGGUAUCACACCAGAGAUUCGAAUUCAGAUAAAAGAACAACAAUUAGGCAAGAGGAUUAAAGCCUAUUGGAAAGCUCUAACGAGCGAAUUGGAGGAACUAGACUCAGAUAAUGAGAAUGAAUUGGAGGAACUGGACUUCGACAAUGAGAACGAUAUAUCUCGUAACAGCUCUAACGAACUUGAAAAUUGUAGCGAUUAUAUCAUUAAUUUUAGUAAAUCUAGUAGAUAUCAUUAUUUCGAUAAGUAG